ACAGUUUUCGCUCUGGCAUAGGAAGCAAGCAAGUCUCUUUGGCUUUUUGGCUCGCAAGAAGCCAGAGUGAUACUGGGCGUUGAAAAUACAGUGACCGAGCAUGGAAGCAUCGAGAAAAAUGGCUUGGCACUGGCAUUUCUUGGGUUUCUUCUUUCUCAGUUUGCACGUAUUCUCUGCAAAAGCCAAAGCUUCGCAGUGCUCAAUCAAGGGGUUGCCACUUGUGAGGAAUAUUAGUGAGCUUCCUCAGGAUGAUCAUGGAAUUCGAGGCUUGUCCCAUAUUACCGUUGCUGGCUCUGUCUUGCAUGGGAUGAAAGAGGUGGAGGUAUGGCUUCAAACGUUUUCUCCAGGGUCAUGCACGCCAAUCCACAGACACUCAUGUGAAGAAGUUUUUAUUGUCCUAAAAGGAAGUGGCACUCUCUAUCUUGCCUCAAGUUCACAUCAGAAGCAUCCUGGAAAGCCACAAGAAUACUUCAUCUUUCCCAAUAGUACAUUUCAUAUCCCUGUGAACGAUGCUCACCAGGUCUGGAAUAUAAAUGAACAUGAGGAUUUGCAAGUGCUUGUCAUAAUAUCUCGUCCACCAGUCAAAAUGUUCAUAUAUGAUGACUGGUUCAUGCCCCAUACUGCAGCAAAAUUGAGGUUUCCCAUCUUUUGGGACGAACAGUGCCUACAAGUUCAAGCACCUCCAAAAGACGAGCUUUAAUAACAAGCUAUAUCUGUGUGUAUCGCUUACACGAGUCUGAUAUUUUCUGUUGUGGAUUAGUAAAUACUUGAUAUGAAAGUUUUCUCACCAAAAAGAUCGUAUGAGGCUGUUUUGUACUUGUAAAAUAACAUAAGCUGAGAAACUUACAUAUUUUGUUUCUAA